AGCCGGGGCUCAAGUUCUUCCGAAGCGGGAAGACAUUUGCACGCGGCGAGUUUCGCUCGCAGUUUCUGGAGCCCCGGACGUUUCUGCCAAGAACGUAGCCUUCCUUGACCUCUGCUCCCCUGCGGUUUCCAGGUGAGGUGUAGCGAACUUCAUGGCGCCCACCACGGUGCAGGUGAUGUGGGCCCUCUGGGAAGAGGUGGGAGCUGAGGCGGUGCUGCUGCUCUGCUUCUGCCUGGGCUUCUUCGUGCUGCGGCUGUGCCAGAUGCGCGCCCGGAGUGCAGGGAAGAAGCAGUGCGUCUACGAGCCGGAGAGGCGGCAACCCGCGAGGCUGAGCCUCGAUAGACUCCAGCAGCUCCUGGACGAGGAGAAGGAGGACGAGGCGCUGCGCUGCGCGGCGCAGCUGGCGCUGCCGGGCUCCCACCUGGUGUGGCUCUUUCAGCUCCUGGCCCGGCACGGCGCGCACUCUGCCGCCGACAAGCUGCUGGCAUUGCCCUCAGGCUGCCUGAGCCCCAAGGCGGCCGUGGCCUUGGCGCAGCACGCGGCUUCAGCUGCCGGCGGCUUGGAGGUGGUGCGCCAGGUGCAGCGCCUGCUCGUCGGAAAGGCCUUGAUGUCCCAGGGCGCCAGCGAGGCGCUGCUGCGGGGCUACGCCCUGAACGGCGCCGGCGCCGAGGAGGCGGCGCAGCUGCUGAGGAGCUUCCCCCCCUCCGAGGCCGCGCUCAGCUCCGCGCUGUCGCUCUGCGCCGCCAAGGGCGCCGUGCACCUCGCGGAGCUGCUGGCGCGCGGCCCCGUCGCCGGAAGGCAGCUGACGUUGCCCAUCGCCGCCGGUCUGCUGAAGGUCUACGGCCAGGCCAAGCUCUGGGGCAAGGCCUGCAACCUCUGCCUCGAGCUGAGGGCCGCAGGCAUCCAGCCGGACACCGCUACCUAUGGUGCCCUCAUCAAGGCGGCGGUGGAGGCGGGGCGGCAGGAGCUGGCACAGCAGCUCUUUCAGGAAUCGGGGAAUCCAGAUGUGAUGAACGUCAUGUCCAUGAUCCGCUCCGCCGGACGGGAGCGGAACGUGAAAAAGGCUCUGGAGCUCCUGGAGGCCCUGGAGACCGCCUCGCCGGAGCCGCUGGAUGCGACGACCUACAAUUGCGCCCUGGAGGCCUGUGUAGCGGCCUCGGACCGCGCCAGCGCGGAGCAGCUGCUGCGGCGCAUGGCGAGGCAAAAGGCGGUGGACGUGGUGUCCUACAACACGUUCAUCAAGCUGCUUCUGUCCUCCAAGCUGCACGGCGAGGUGCGCGACAUGCUGCAGGAGAUGCGGGAUCAGGGCAUUUCGCCCAAUGUGGUGACCUACAACUCAAUCAUCAAGGAGGCAGCCAUUCGUGACAUGGACACUGCCUGGCAACUCGCAGAGGAGAUGCAAAGCCUCGGCCUGCGCCCGGAUGUGUACACCGCCUCCAUCCUGGUGGCAGGCCUCCGGAAGGAGCCGCGGGGGCCCUCGGUGGGCCGGGUGCUGCAGCUGAUGACGGACAGUCACAUUGUGCCGGACGAGGUGCUGCUGAAUUGUCUUCUGGACGUGUGCAUCCGCCUGAAGGAGCCCAGGCACCUCGGCGAGGUGCUGGACCGCUGGAAGCGCAAGGGCCUUCCACCUUCGCCCCACGCUUGCGUGAUGCUGAUGCGGGCCCAUGGGCACGCCCUCAGGAUGGACGAAGCCUGGGCGCUGUGGCGGCAGCUGCUGCGGGAUGACCGGGCGCUCACGGAGGACAUCUUCAUGAGCAUGGUGGACGCGUGCCUCGCCAGCUCUGAUCUGCACUCCUUGCUCCGAGUCUUCCAGGAGGCGCGGCGGGUGCUGCGGGGCUUCCCGCGGGCCACGGUGGCCUUCAGCCUGGCCACCAAGGCGGCGGUGCAGCUGCAGCAGCUGGACAUGGCCCUGGAGCUCUACGAGGAGACGCGGGAGGUGCUGAGGCUGAGCCUGGUGACCUACAACACCCUCAUCGACGCGCUGGUGCGUGGGGGGGACCUAAAGCGCGCCAUGGACCUCUUCCGAGACAUGGCCUUGCAGGAUGCAGGACCAGACCUGAUCACCUUCUCCAUCCUCAUCAAAGGCUUCAGCAGCGCCGGCGACCUGGAGACGGCCAUCAUGCUGCUGGGGCAGAUGCAGAGCCAGGGCAUCUACCCUGACUCCAUCCUCUUCAACUCCAUCCUGCACGGCUGCGCCAAGCGCCAGCGCCGGGCGCUCACGGAAGAGGUCCUCGCCGACAUGGAGCGGGCGGGGGUGUCCCCGUCCAACUUCACCCUCUCCAUCCUGAUCAAACUCUACGGCCGCUGCGGAGACCUGGAGGCGGCCUUCGCGCUGCUCGAGAGGCGCUACGACUUCCAGAUCAACGCCCAGGUCUACACCUGCCUCAUGUCCACCUGCAUUUGGAGCGGGGACCUUCCCCGAGCCCUGGAGGUGUACGAGCGCAUGCUGCGGGAGAAGUGCCCUGCGGAUACCAAGACCUUCGCCACGCUGCUGCAGGGCUGCUUGCGCCACGGGGACCCGGGAACCGCUCUGCGGGUGCUGCGGGCAGCUUUGCCCAAGGCGCAGCUGGAGAAGGACUCCCUGGAGGCGGCGGUGCUGAUGGCCCAGAACCGCAGCCCCGAGAUCGCGCAGGAGAUGUUGGAGCUGCUGAGGGCCGCAGGCCUCAAGCCCUCGGCGCGGCUGUGCGCGAAGGCGCCCAAGGCAGCGGCGCGGUGAGUUCGCUCCGAUUCGGCGGGCCGAAAAGAGAGGCUGAACUCCUCGGCCUUUCAUUGCGAUCUUUUUUUUUGAGGUCCGUUUUGUUUCGACCCCUUCGGAAGGCCUUCCUUUCGAUUUUUCCUUUUGAGGUCCGUUUGUUUUCUUCU